CAAUCAUAUCAAGUUCAAUUCGAGGAUGAAGUCGAUAAUUUUUGUUUUACUGGCUAUCGUGCUUUUCACACACCCUUCAUUACAAUGCGGUUGCAAGGAAAAAUGCACCAAAUGCUGCAAAUCUGGCGACUUCAGAUUAGUGCCUCUAUAUGAACUGUAUGAAUCUAAGACUGCCCAGUAUUUCUAUACAGUAUCAAUAAGUGAACUGAACGCUGCCGUGAAUGAAAGAAAUUUUAUUCGUAAAAGAAUAGUCGGUCUAGUGGCGGUUGGUGAAAUAGAUUGUAACAAAGGAAAGACUCUGAUUCCAGUGACACGUUAUGUGAAUAAAGUCAUUGGUGAUUAUCUGUACCAAACCAAAGAUGAUGUACAUCUAGGACCAAAAUAUAGUAUUGAAGGCGUUGCUUUCUACGGUGCUACAACAGAAAGUCCAUGUGCCGCAUCGUUACCGCUAUACAGAUUUUGGACUGGCAAAAUUCAUAUUUAUUCUACGGAUUUAGUGGAAGUAAAGGAAAGAGCUGGAAGAGAUGGUGUCAAUGAGGGAAUAAUAUGUUACAUUUGGCCUUUGCCAAACACGACUACCACAACCACGACAACCACAACCACGACAACCACAACAACAACGACGACCACAACAACUACAACACGGGAUCCUUUGGAUAAUCCUGGAAGUUGUUCACUAGCACUAACAAAAUUGUUCCGAUUAUAUGACGAUGUAACGGAUAGCUUCUUGUUCACACCCUCAUAUCCCGAAGCGAAAAACGCCUACGAAAACCAGAGUUAUGAUCCACAACUUUCACCAGGAUAUGCAGCACCAGAGAAUCCUAGCUGUCGCUGUAAUUUAAUACCUGUCUAUCGUCUAGAUAGAUCACAACCGAAACAAGAUCAACUCUUUACAACGAGUAAAAAAGAGGCUGAUGAUGCUGUAUCUGGACUAGGCUAUACCAAUGUCGGCAUUUCAUACUACUGUGCUGAAAAAAUGAAUGAUUGUGGAGCCUCAAUACCUUAUUAUCGAUACAAGAGAAACAAUUCUGUACAAAGCCACUUCUACACCACUGAUCAGAAUGAGGACUUUGCAACUAAGUCAACAUUGGAAGGAAUUUUAUGUUACAUUUGGCCCCAACAGAAUUAAUUUAAUUUUUAUAUUGUGCUACAGAAUGUUUUGGAUUAAGUAAAUUAUCAAAGAAUAAAUAUUUAGAGAACUG